AUAGCAAGUUGGUUCGGAAAAACCCUAAACGGUGGAGUAGUCGAGUUUGAGUUGAGUUCAGGGUUUACUUUCAAUUUCAAUUUCAAUUCAGUACCAACUAAACCUAUUGACUCUCUCUCUCUCUCUCUCUCUCUCUGCAAUGGCAGUUUCAACGGAAUUUCACCUUCCACGUCUCUCCGUCGUCGACUUUCCCUCUCUUCUCCAAGCUAUGGCAGCCGACACUCUUCUUGCCGCUGCUCAAUCUCUCGCUCUCAUUGGAUAUCUGCUGGCUAAUUUCACCAGUUUAGUGUCUCCAAACUUGACCGCAAUGGAUUCAAGGAUUCCUUUAGAACACCUUUUAGGUAGGAAACCUGCAUAUUUGAAAAACAGCAGUGAUACAGAGGAUGACGACGAUGACGACGAUGACGAGGAUGUACAAGAUGAGGACGACGAUGGAGAAGACGAAGACGUCUCAGGUGACGAAGGCGAAGAAGAAGGGGAUCCUGAGGAUGAUCCUGAGGCUAAUGGUGCAGGAGGAAGUGACAAUGACGACGAUGGUGACGACGAUGGCGACGAUGGUGACGAAGAAGAUGAAGAAGAUGGCGAAGAUGAAGAUGAAGAGGAUGAAGACGAGGAAGAUGAUGAUACACCCCAGCAGCCACCAACUAAGAAGAGGAAGUGAGAAUUAUAUUAGUAGGAAAUUGGUUCCAUGGGUUGCAUUUGAGUUAAGCUUAGUGACUAGGAAAGAUACAUUAGCAACCUUCGUGAGGAAACCUGUGUUGCUUUAUUUUAUGUCAAUGAUGAUUAUUGUUACUAGUAUAUUGAUAAUUCUCUUUGUUUCUAUUUUAAGUUCUUCUGUCCAGUUAUUAUCA